UCACGACGCCCAAGUGUCUGCAUUAUUGGAUCGGAAGGCACAGUUUGCCUCUUUAUCUCAAGCAUUAUUUUGAUUCACAAAAACCCAUUUUUAGGGAUACUGUUUGCAGUGAAUAGAAUUUGUAAUGGAUACUGGUGGUAAACUGAAGAAGGGAGCGGGAGGGAGAAGGGGUGGCGGCCCAAAGAAGAAGCCUGUUUCUCGCUCCGUCAAGGCCGGUCUACAGUUUCCGGUCGGCAGGAUCGGCCGGUACUUGAAGAAAGGUCGCUAUUCGCAGCGUGUCGGUACUGGAGCUCCGGUUUAUAUGGCUGCUGUCCUCGAGUACCUUGCUGCUGAGGUUUUGGAAUUGGCUGGCAACGCAGCCAGAGAUAACAAGAAAAACAGGAUCAUACCAAGGCAUGUGCUACUCGCCGUGAGGAACGAUGAGGAGCUCGGAAAACUUCUAGCCGGAGUGACAAUUGCUUAUGGAGGAGUGCUACCAAACAUCAAUCCAGUACUUCUGCCCAAGAAAUCUGAGAAGGCCGGGAAGGAGCCUACAAAAUCCCCUACCAAGGCAACUAAAUCUCCCAAGAAGGCCUAAUCUUUGGGGGCAGCUAUUAUUGAAUUUAAUUGACUUGGUUUCUCUUUCAGUUAGUUUGUAUGUAAUUUGUUCUACUGUUGUUGGUAUGUAAGCAAGCCUGUUUAUACCUAGAACCAUUGUACUUUUCAUUCUGCUGCUUCUGGUAAACUGUUGUUCUUAAUUUCUCAGUCUCAUUUUGCAAUUUCUCUGUGGAUGGAAUGAAUUAUAAGUGAAUUUCUUCAUUCUGGUC